AUGGAGAGUGGAGAUAUAUUUAGAGUAAGUAGUGCACGAGUUAGUAGUUCUAGUGUAUGGAGGAACAGUGCCAGAGAAAUUUUUUCGAUGUCUUCUCGUGAAGAAGACGAUGAAGAAGCUCUGAAAUGGGCUGCUCUUGAAAAACUUCCCACUUAUCUUCGAAUAAGGAGAGGCAUACUGACUGAAGAAGGUGGCCAAUCAAGAGAGAUUGACAUAGCGAAUCUUGGGCCAGUGGAGAAAAAGAACUUGAUGGAGAGGCUUGUGAAAAUCGCAGAGGAAGAUAAUGAGAAGUUCUUGAUGAAGCUCAAGGAACGCAUUGAUCGAGUCGGACUUGAUCUCCCCACUAUUGAAGUCCGGUUUGAGAAUUUAAAUGUUGAUGCAGAAGCUUAUGUUGGCGGCAGAGCACUGCCUACUUUAUUCAACUUCUCUGUAAAUAUGGUUGAGGGGUUCUUGAAUUCUAUACAUGUUCUUCCAAGUCGGAAGAAACCAUUACCAAUACUUCAUGAUGUCAGUGGAAUCAUCAAGCCAGCCAGAAUGGUAUUGCUUUUAGGCCCACCAAGCUCCGGAAAAACAACAUUGCUGUUGGCAUUGGCUGGAAAACUUGGUUCAGAUCUGAAAGUUUCAGGGAGAGUAACCUACAAUGGUCAUGGAAUGGAGGAGUUUGUUCCACAAAGGACAUCUGCUUAUAUAAGUCAACAUGAUCUUCAUUUGGGAGAACUGACAGUAAGAGAGACAUUAGCUUUUUCAGCAAGAUGCCAAGGAGUUGGAGCCCGUUAUGAAAUGUUAGGAGAAUUGUCAAGAAGAGAGAAAGAAGCAAACAUUAAGCCAGAUCCUGAUGUUGAUAUUUAUAUGAAGGCGGCAUCACUUGAAGGGCAAGAGGCCAGCGUUGUAACAGAUUACAUUCUCAAGAUUUUGGGACUUGAAAUAUGUGCUGAUACACUGGUGGGGGAUGAAAUGCGAAGAGGCAUUUCUGGAGGACAACGAAAGCGACUCACUACAGACGACAUAAAGAAAUGGUGGUUAUGGGGUUAUUGGGUCUCACCCAUGAUGUAUGGGCAAAAUGCAAUAGCUGUGAACGAGUUCCUUGGGAAAAGCUGGAGACAUGUUCUUCCUAAUUCCACUGAACCAUUAGGAGUAACAGUCCUGAAGUCUCGUGGCAUUUUUCCUGAAGCACGGUGGUACUGGAUUGGAAUAGGAGCUCUGAUUGGAUAUGUUUUUGUAUUCAAUUUCCUCUUCACUUUGGCUCUAAUCUAUCUCAACCCAUUCGGAAAGCCACAGGCAAUUCUAUCAGAAGAAACCUUGGCUGAGAGAAAUGCUAGCACAACAGGAGAGCUUAUUGAAAUAUCGUCGAGAAGGAAGAGCUCUUCAGACGACAUAAAGAAAUGGUGGUUAUGGGGUUAUUGGUUCUCACCCAUGAUGUAUGGGCAAAAUGCAAUAGCUGUGAACGAGUUCCUUGGGAAAAGCUGGAGACAUGUUCUUCCUAAUUCCACUGAACCAUUAGGAGUAACAGUCCUGAAGUCUCGUGGCAUUUUUCCUGAAGCACGGUGGUACUGGAUUGGAAUAGGAGCUCUGAUUGGAUAUGUUUUUGUAUUCAAUUUCCUCUUCACUUUGGCUCUAAUCUAUCUCAACCCAUUCGGAAAGCCACAGGCAAUUCUAUCAGAAGAAACCUUGGCUGAGAGAAAUGCUAGCACAACAGGAGAGCUUAUUGAAAUAUCGUCGAGAAGGAAGAGCUCUUCAGAAAGGGGAAGUGAAGUUCAAAGAAAUGUAUCAUCCAGGUCAAUGUCAUCAAGAGUGGGUAACAUUAGUGAAAAUGACCCAAACAGGAAGCAGGGAAUGGUUUUACCUUUUGAACCUCUUUCCAUCACUUUUGAUGAUAUCAGAUAUGCAGUUGAUAUGCCACAGGUAUUUUUGGUUUUGAAAAUGUGUUUGUGUUUGGAUGGGAUUGUUUCNUGGAAAGUCACAGAAAGGGGAAGUGAAGUUCAAAGAAAUGUAUCAUCCAGGUCAAUGUCAUCCAGAGUGGGUAACAUUAGUGCAAAUGACCCAAACAGGAAGCAGGGAAUGGUUUUACCUUUUGAACCUCUUUCCAUCACUUUUGAUGAUAUCAGAUAUGCAGUUGACAUGCCACAGGAAAUGAAAACUCAGGGUGUUCCUGAAGAUCAGCUAGAACUUUUGAAAGGAGUGAGUGGUGCUUUUAGGCCAGGAAUUCUUACAGCUCUAAUGGGUGUUAGUGGGGCUGGUAAGACUACUCUGAUGGAUGUCUUGGCUGGAAGAAAAACAGGGGGAUAUAUUGAAGGAAGGAUCACUAUAUCAGGAUACCCGAAGAAGCAAGAAACAUUUGCUCGCAUAGCAGGUUAUUGUGAGCAAACUGAUAUUCACUCUCCACAUGUCACAGUUUACGAGUCCUUACAAUAUUCUGCCUGGCUUCGGUUGCCUCCUGAAGUUGACACCGCAUCCAGAAAGAUGUUUGUUGAGGAGGUCAUGGAGCUUGUGGAGCUGGCUCCGUUGCGGGAAGCACUAGUUGGAUUGCCUGGUGUGAAUGGUCUUUCAACUGAGCAGCGCAAGAGGCUGACAAUUGCAGUAGAGCUAGUGGCCAACCCAUCUAUAAUAUUCAUGGAUGAACCAACCUCAGGCCUUGAUGCUAGGGCAGCAGCAAUUGUGAUGAGAACAGUAAGAAACACAGUGGAUACAGGACGAACUGUAGUGUGCACUAUCCACCAGCCAAGCAUCGAUAUUUUUGAUGCUUUUGAUGAGCUAUUUCUAUUAGAACGAGGAGGUGAAGAAAUAUAUGUAGGUCCAGUAGGCCGCCAUUCUUCCCAUCUUAUCGAAUACUUCGAGGGAAUCAAUGGAGUUAAUAAAAUAAAAGAUGGUUAUAAUCCAGCAACUUGGAUGUUGGAGGUGACUUCAGCAGCACACGAAGCAGCUCUUGCUGUUAACUUUGCCGAAGUAUACAAGAACUCAGAACUAUAUAGGAGAAACAAAACAAUGAUUAAGGAACUCAGUACACCUGCACCAGGUUCAAAAGAUCUGUAUUUCCCAUCUCAAUAUUCACAGUCCUUCCUCACCCAAUGCAUGGCUUGCCUAUGGAAACAACACUGGUCAUAUUGGCGAAACCCUUCAUACAUUGCUGUCAGACUUAUGUUCACGACUUUCAUAGCUUUAAUGUUUGGGACAAUAUUCUGGGAUAUUGGCUCCCUAAGGAGAAGACAAGAAGAUAUCUUUAACGCAAUGGGUUCUAUGUAUGCUGCUGUCCUUUUUAUUGGUGUACAAAAUUCUACAUCAGUGCAGCCGGUGGUUGCUAUAGAGAGAACAGUCUUUUAUAGGGAAAGAGCUGCUGGGAUGUAUUCAGCUUUGCCAUAUGCUUUUGGACAGGUAAAUUGCUUGUAUCUUUUUUUUUUUGGGGCUAGUAAAUUGUAUUGA